AUGGUAGCUCAAUCAGACGCCAUCCGUCCGCCCGGACUGUCGAAACUGGAAGGUUUAUUUCAACUGCAGAAGAUCGAAAAAGAUGUUUUCGAAACGACCAGUGGUCUUUGGCAUCCUCCUGGAGGAAGAGGGCUUUAUGGAGGCCCCAUAUGCCCACGGUUACUUCCAAUUUCCGGAAUCGAUUGCGGAAAGCGUGAAAUCAUCGGUUUUAGCAGGGACAGCAGUUGGGAUGUUGUCCACCCUCAACCAUUCUAUCUACUUUCAUUCAUCAUCAAGCAUACGAGCAGACGAAUGGAUGUUAGUCGAGGUCAACUGUCCCUGGGGAGUAUUCAGAUUAAGGCAAGAUAA